AUGUCUGACUAUCUCGAAGCACAACUGCUGCUUUCAAGACCCUACCUCACCAAAAACCAAGUCACAAGGGCACAGAAGAAUACUAUAAGUGACCGUCGCAUUUACAAUCAAAAGAAAUUAACUGUCUUCAAACUGUUAACCGAUACAUGUGCACAAUUAAGACUUCCCAGGAAAACUCUAGAAACUGCUCUUUAUUAUUACCAAAGAUAUCACCUUUUUAACCCCUUUGAAACUGAAUUAUGCUAUACUUUGGCGACAAGCUGUUUGAUAUUGAGCUGUAAGCAAGUUGAAACUUUAAAAAAAGUGAAUGACAUAUGUACCACGUCACUGAAGCUAAGAAACAUUACAAAACUCAAUCAAGAAUAUUUAGAGAAUUUCAAAAAAAGGAUAUUUCAAAUUGAGUUACGAAUACUAGAGUCAUGUAACUUUGAUUACAGAAUAAAUAACGCCGUUCAUAUAGAUGAGUACGUCAUCAAGUUUUGCAAAUCUUUGGAAUUUGAGUCUGAUAUAGCUGAGUUAGCUUGGAUUAUAGCAUAUGAUGCAUUGAAAUUAGAAACUCUUUUAAUUGUGCCGCAGCAUUCAAUUGCAUUGGCAUCUUUGAAAAUUGCAUUCGAACUUUUAGGACUGACAAACUGGCCUAUCAAAAAAAUUGAGACAUUUGGAAUAGAUUUGAUGGCAGUCAACGAGGCCUAUUUUGAUAUUAUCAAUUUUUAUAUAAAUGCUUUCGACCUUUGCGAUCUAAAGGAUAAUCUACCCCAAAAGUCAUCAAUCAUGGUCAGUAUUGAUGCAUUUUUAGAACUGAAAAAAAAGGCUGGUCCAGAAGUUGGACUUAUAGAAAUUCCCAGCAGUGAAAUUGAUGCAGACCCAUUUAUAUCUUCUCCAAGAGACUUUGCCAUUAUGGAAAGAAGAUAUGUGUUGUCGCAGAAGGUGCUUGCAAAUGAAGCAUUUGAGUUGAAUAGAAGUCGUGAUUCUGCAGCAUAA